AUGGGAAGAGGAAGAUAUUCUAGAAUCAAAGGAAAGAAAGCAAAAUCAGCCAAGUAUGUUGACUUCUCUGAUUCCAAUCCGGAAGAACCUUCCCAUGAUAAUUCUGGCUAUCAAGUGGAAGAUGAAUUUCUCGAUGCUUCCAAUGAAACAGUGCCACCCGAACAUAAUGAACCUUACGUUGACUCAGAAGAUAACGCCUUAUCACAAUAUCUGCCUCAACGCGAUCAAUUCCAAGAUCAAUCGAAUUUUAGCGAUACCAGCUCUUUAACGAGCAAAAGAAGCUUUGACCAAAUAGCUAGUCCAAAUAGUGAUGUUCAGGCCAACCAAAAACUUCAAAUUGUUGAAAAAUUAACGCACAAUGAAGACUCUAGCAGUCGUGAGGAUUUGGCCACAGGUUUUAAGGGUUUAUGCGUAAACGUCAAAGACUUUUUAGGCCUGGAUAGCGACUUACAACUUAGCGAAUCAGAAAUGAAUAGACUUAACAGGCAAAUCCAAGCCUACACCGGUCGUCCCAACAUUAACGUUCUGCUUGCUAGUAUUCAGAAAGACAAAAUGGAGGCCACUUCAUCUAACUCUCCAACUCAACUCACUCCUGAGGGAAAUUCCUACUCAAAUCCCACUGAAGUGAACAACGGUGCCCACUCUAGUUCAGCCUCAACUCAAAUUGCAGCCAACACUCCCGUAGUCUCUGAAGUAAACAAUAACAUCUAUUCGCCAUCCACUAGCCAGACUUCCGGUCUUAAGAGAAACUGGAACACUAACCAGUCCCGGGACCUCCCCACACCGCCACCACCAACUUUGAGGCCAUCGCAAGGUAGCCCAAAUGUUUCUCGAUUCAAAGAUCAAGGAAUCGUCGAAAAUGAUGGCACUGUUUUCGUGGCUUACUAUCCUGAGUCUUACCCAGAAAAUAUCAUCAGCUACGCGGACAAGAACAAAAUCAUGAACCAAAUGAGUAACCAAUACAAAGAUGGACGAGAUGAAAUGAAAAAGAGGAAAAUUGCCCAAGUGGAAAUUCAAGCCACUUCAGGAAUACUUCUUAUGAAAGAGAAAAAUGUUAAAGGAGCUGGAUGGAAUGAGUUGCUAUUUAAGCAACAAAAUUGGACGAAGAUCUUGGGCUACAACUUACUUUGUGUCCCAGCACGCGACAUCUCUGUCUCCCCAGCUUUCAUGCUGAUUGUCCCCCGCACGGACCUUAAUUGGAAAGACAUUGUAUUAAAUAUCCGUAACAGCAACAAAAAAGUCUUUAGCACCAAAGAUUGGAAGCUCACGGUGGCUUUAGACGACAAAGGUUUUGCUAACGGUCCCAAAAAGUUUCUGUUUAUAUCAAAUGGAAACCUCAUCAACUUCAUGAACGAUAAAAAGAGCAUCAAAAUCAAUUUCCCUCCUUUUAACCCGGCAACAAUCCGGAAAAUGCAUCAUGGCGGGAACAACCCGUUGAUUUAUGCAUCUAAUAUUGGAUCUAAGACUGAUACCGAAGAGGCUGAAGAAAAGUGGGAGAAGAACAAGCGUUUGGUCGAAGAAUUUGAUCGCGACUUUGGAGGUGACGAGCAAGAAGAGUCCAUGGAAGAUUCUGAUUCGGAUUAA